AUGACGAGACUCAUCGCCUUGAACACCAAGCCAGUCUGGCUGCUCGCAGCUGAAUCAUGCUCCUUGAUCGCCGUGUUUGUUGCCGCCUUCUACGCUCUUAUCUAUCGCCUGCAUGCUCUGUCCACAUCAAAGUCCACCGGAAGGAUACGACUCCCCACCUCAGAUCGGGCCCCCCUCACGCGUGGAGAAGCCUUCAAUCGUCAACUGCUCGGCAACGUCCCUAAUCUUCCCGAUGACGAUGGAGAACAUGUGAACACAAUGGUGUUCUGGAGGAAGGUGCUCCCUCUCCGCAUCACCUUCCUGCUUCUGAUACUCAUUUCCACGACUCUCCAGUGCUUCCAGCAGCUUCGUCGUGCUGGCGAUGCCUCAACAUUCUCGGACUGGCUCACGAUCAGUCUCACUACUUCGGUCUUCAUCAUUCAACCUAUUCUUGCGUUCGUCUACGCUCUCACCAAGGACGUCAGCACUCACUCAAGCCUGACCUAUCAUAAUUUCACCCUUGCGAGCUUAGGCUUCCUACACAUGUAUCUCAUCACUCUUGGCCAGUACCUCAUCAAUAACACGCAAGUCACCCUCGAAGGUCCGCAGUAUGCCCUAUUCGCCCUCUCGUUCAUGCAGAUCAUCGCCAUAGGAUCGGUCCCCUGCGAGCCCGGAGCUCACUUUGACCUGAAGAAGGUGUACAAUCGAGCAGUCGCCAAAGCUAUCGACAAGGGAGAGGCGGCCAUGGCAAAGGCUACUUCCGGGAUCGAGGGAGAAGAACCUCAAGACGACGUCAACAUGGUACCAGAGUACUCGGCUACCAUCAUUUCUCGCCUCAUACUCGUAUGGGUAGUACCCAUCAUCUCAAAGAUGUCCCGUCUAGAUCAAGCAGACAUUCAAGACCUCCCGGGGCUUCAUCACUUUCUACGUACUCAGAACACAGCACGGGAGGCCAUGAGCUACGCUCGAUACAAGAUCUCGCCAGAGCGCUGGGGAACCACCUGCGCGUUUUUGUGGGAAGUCUGGGUUCCUCAGUGGCGUGCUGUCCUUCCAGGUGUUAGAAUUGGGAUCUGGCUGGUCCCCUGCUGGUACAUACCACAUUACGCUCUGCAACAGGUCUUGACAUCGAUCGAGCUCGGCUAUGAUAGACGUACAGCGAUGGCUUGGGCAGUGAUGCUUGUCCUCGGCAAGCUAGCCAACAUGCUUAUACUGCUCAUGCGUCUCGCCUAUACCAGCUCCUACGCUUCUCCCCGGAUCCGUGCUCAUACCCAAUACCUUCUGUACAGGAACAUCUUCGCCAAAGCUGAAUCGAUCGGCAAGGCGAAGGGCAAGGGCAAGCCUGGUCCAGCGUCCCGAGCGGACAUACUGAACCUCAUCUCGGUGGAUGUCUCCGCCAUCGCUCAACUCGGCUUCGGUAUUUCUGACCUUUUCCGCAGUCAACUUGAGCUGGUAUUGGGAGCAACCUACGUCUGGAUGCUAUUAGGCCCAUCAGGACUCAUUGGGCUGUCCACCCUUCUCGCCACCUCCGUCCCCGCAUAUCUCAUCACGAAACUGCAGUACAAGGUGUUCGAGAAACGCCUCGCUGCUUCCGACACAAAGGUCUCUUUGAUGCAGGAAGCUGUGCAGGCGAUAUCCAUGAUCAAAAUGAUGGCAGCAGAGCGAUAUUGGUACAAAAGGAUAAAGGUGAAAGCCUGUUCUCGCGCUCAAGCAGAUGUUCGUGAUGUUGAGUUUGACCGAUUAGUGCAAGCCAGACUGCUGGGAUUCCUAUCCGGUAUGCUAUGCGCUGCUUCCCCGACAAUCAUCGUGGUCGUCUCAUUCGCACAUUACUCGCUUGUGGCGAAGAAACCUCUGACGGCCACUAUCGCUUUCACGUCCAUAGCGGUCUUUGAGGAGCUUCGGCCAGUCCUCACAGGCAUCCCGCAAAGUAUAGCCGAAUGCCUUCAGCAGAUCCUGUCUGCCAAGCGCAUUGGAGCUUUCAUUCGUACAAGGGAUGUCGACUACCACGGUCAGCCUCUCGAUCAUGUUUCUGAACAUGUUGCGGAGAACCCGCUCUUCAUACGCGGGAAGAUCACUUGGGACAUUAGUAGUGGGAGCAACCUGGAAAGCGUCGACCUCGGUGCCCCGGCCGACCCGCAGCAAUUCUUCAAGCUUGACGACAUUGACGUCGUCUUUCCCCGGGGACAGGUCACUCUGAUCGCUGGAAAGGUCGGAGCAGGCAAGACCCUGAUGUUGCUCGCACUCCUCGGCGAGGCGCACCUCAUUGAAGGAGACAUCUCAUAUGCCGUUUCUGAGAUCAAGUCGCCUCUUGUUGAGCAAUCCGUCUCGCCCGGAAGUUGGGAUCUGAUCCCUAGCGGGGUGGCCUACGUGCCGCAGACGGCGUGGCUACAGAGUCAGAGCAUCCGCGAGAACAUCCUAUUUGGUUUACCUCUUCAUAUGGACCGAUACCGAGCUGUCAUAUUUGCAUGCGCCCUCUUGCCAGAUCUUGAGAUCCUCGACGAUGCAGACCUCACAGAGAUCGGAGAACGUCUCGCCCGAGCAGUCUACUCCCUUGCUGCCACUGUCCUACUCGAUGAUGUCAUCUCCGCCGUCGACGCGCAAACCUCACAGCAUAUCAUCCAACACUGCUUCCGCGGUUCACUGAUGAAGGGACGCACGGUCAUCAUUGCCAGUCAUGCCGUCGAAUCACUGGCGCCCCUGGCUGACCAAGCAAUCUUUCUUGAUGCGGGUCGGGUAGUGUGGACCGGUCCUGGCCCUGAGCUCCUGUCGUCCGAGCACAUGUCCCACCUCAACACCGACCAUGCGGGCCAAACAGCUCAUACAGUCAAGGAGUUCAAGGAGAAGCUGCCGGAUCAGGCCCAAAUCAAUGAGAUCGGUGGAGACGUCAGCAAGUUCGAGAUCAAGGAAGCUCCGGCUAAGACGCCCAAGCAGCUCAUCAUGGAGGAAAAGCGGGAAAAGGGCAAGGUCGAUCUCGGUCUGUGGCGCGAUCUGUUCACUUUCAACGGCGGCAAGCUGUUUUGGCUGUUGUCGACGAUCUUGCUGCUGAUCCGAGGUAUCGCGCCUAUCGCUGAGAGGCGUGUUCUGGAGCUGUGGACGGCGGAUGGCUCAGAUCCUCAUACAUCUGCGAAGAACGUCGUGUUCUGGGUCAUUCUGUACUCGGCUAUCUCGGGAGGAAACAUUCUCCUCAGUACCACGUACGGCUUAUGCCGGUUCUUCGGCGGUCUUCGUGCGAUGAAGAAAGUGCACGCAGAGAUGCUCGAAAACAUGCUGCGAGCAAAGAUGGUCUUCUUCUCCCGAACGCGAACCGGAUCUAUCAUUCAGCGGUUUGGGUCGGACCUUUCCAAUAUUCUCAGCUGCUCCGAGCUGAUUGGCGGGAUUGCGGCUUCGGUAAUAGGAGCCGUACUCGCCUUUGUGUCCGUCACAUAUUACGGCGGAUGGCCAUUUGCGGGGGUGACCAUCGCCAUAUUUGCCGCUUUGUACAAGCCCAGCAUCUGGUACCGGUCCGCUGGGCGUCAGAUUCGGAGACUGCAGUCAGUGACACCUGGACUCGUCAACGCAAUCUACGGCGAGACCAUCGCCGGUACCGCGGUCAUCCGGGCCUUCGGCAUGCAAUCAGUCUUCCUGUCGGAGCUGAUGGGGACGCUAAACGUACAGAUCAACAUGUUCACGUGGCGUCACUAUAUCGGACGAUGGCUGUAUAUCAACUUGCGACUGAUGGACCACGUACUCAUGAGCACCAUGCUCUUCAUUAUACUUACAUCCACGCAUAUCAGCGCGUCCUCCGCGGGAUUCAUCUUGGCUUUCGUGGGGUCUAUCAGCGCCAACGCAAAUUGGUUGAUGAUCCACCUCGCCAACUUUGAGACUGACGCCGAGUACCGCCAUCUCGAGCUGGAAGGUGGCCACGAGCUUGUCGAUGGACUCGGGUCAGCGGAAGAUGAGGUGCGCCAGGCGGAGUUGUCGGCCGAGUACGCCGAUUGGCCGAGUGCCGGGAAGCUUGAAGUACGAGAUCUCUCGGCAAAGUACGGCCCCGAGAUGCCCGAGAUCCUGCACAAGCUCCAAUUCUCGGUCGAGGGAGGACAGCGGGUGGGUAUUGUAGGAGCGACAGGUGGCGGAAAGAGUACACUCGCCAAGGCCCUGUUCCGAUUCGUCGACAUCACGGGUCAGAUCAUCAUUGAUGGGAGAGAUACGGCCCAUAUGGAUCUGGGCCAAGUCAGGUGCAAGCUGUCCAUCAUCGCGCAAGACCCAAUCUUGAUCUCUGGUACCCUCAGGCUCAAUCUCGACAUUGAAAGUGUGUACACCGAUGACCAGCUCUACGACGCCCUACAUCAAGUUCAGCUCGUCCGCAAGUCGCCCAAACCCCCAGCGGCUCCCCUCCCCGCGCCGGAAGAGCCGAGAUCAGAGGCGGCAGAGCUUGUGACCGGUAGCCCGACCUCAUGCUCCGCUACCGUUGUUGAUCAGCCUGAGGAACACGCCAACAUCUUUUCCAAUCUCGACUUCGAGAUCAAGUCUGGUGGUGAGAAUUUGUCAGCUGGCCAGAAGCAGCUCGUGGUUCUCGCCAGAGCCCUUCUGAAACGAAGCAAGAUCCUGAUUCUGGACGAAGCAACAGCCAGUAUCGACUCUGCGACGGACGGCGAGAUCAGCAGGGUGGUGCACGAGGAGUUCACCGGGGCGACCGUGCUCAUCAUCGCUCAUCGCUUGAGGACAAUCAUGCCGUGCUCAAAGAUCCUUGUCAUGGACAAAGGCAGUCUCAUACAGCAAGGCUCACCGCUGGAGCUCAUCCGCCAAGAAGGCAAGUUUCAGCAACUGUGCAUGGCGGGCGGGGCGGACGAGUACCGCCACCUUGUCGCCCUGGCAGAGAUGGAGGCGAAGGAGGGACGGCUGAUCGAUAUUGAUGUGUGA